GAGUGGUGCAGAAGAGUUGAAGCGGUCUUCCCCCGCCCCGGUUUUAAUGGGAAUGUGAAGUCCCAUCGGCAUCAGUCAGAAUGGAUAUUGUCUACGAGCAUUAACAGCGUGAAGUCUGCAGGACUACGGGACACACCAUCUCCUUGUUGACGGUGAAUGAAGUGACAGAAAUGGGAUUAUGUUUGAACUUUUUUUAUUUGAUUGUGUACCUGAACAUGCACUAUGUAGAAUCGUUUGUGAAGCUGGAUUGUGUGAAGUCAGUAAUAGGAAUAUUUAACGAGGAUGCCGAACUACCAUGCAAUAUGGAAGCAGCAGGGAUGAAAACACUCACUCUAGCAAAACUACAUGCAAAUGGAUCGAGUGAUAAAAUCGUAUAUAAAUUUAACUCAAAUGAAAAUGACAGUGGAGUUCAGGGUCGAAUUAAAUUACAUCAAGAUUCACAAAAUGUGUCACUGAUAAUCCAGAAAAUAGAAGCAUCCGAUAAUGGAACAUAUCAAUUCAUUGUGGAAACAGAUCAUGGACAUGCUACUGAAUCCAUCCAUUUGGUAGUUAGAGCUCCAUGUACUGGGCCACCCAUCAGCAAAAAAGAAGAAAACGGCAAAACAUUUCUUGUGUGCACAACAGUUGGAUAUCCACUGGCACAACUUUAUUGGAAGACUGAAAAUGAAACCAUCUUGUGUAAUAGUGUUGAUAAUGCACGACUAGGUGAAUUGUACAACACCACCAGCUGCAUUCCAGUAGUUGGUGACUGGUGCUCUAUAAACUAUACUUGUUCUGCUUGCGUUGGAAAUGAUUGCAUAUCUAAAGUUGGAUAUCCACUGGCACAACUUUAUUGGAAGACUGAAAAUGAAACCAUCUUGUGUAAUAGUGUUGACAAUGCACGACUAGGUGAAUUGUACACCACCACCAGCUGCAUUCCAGUAGUUGGAGACUGGUGCUCUAUAAACUAUACUUGUUCUGCUUGCGUUGGAAAUGAUUGCAUAUCUAAAGGAAACACUCCUCAGUUUAAUGGUAAAAUAGAAACUACUGCAGUGAGCUGA